AUGCUGGUUCGAAAGUUAUUUAAUCGGCAAUCAUUUGCCAUCUCAUCUGCUACACUUGGCCGUUGUAUUUCGACAAGUUCAUAUCGUUUAGCAUCGGAUAAAGAGUUUGUUCAUCGUGACACGCCACAAAACAAUCUCGAUGUGAAAUUUGACUUUACACCUGACAAUUAUAAACGAGUCAAUGCUAUUACUGCUAUGUACCCUGAAGGACAUAAAACAGCAGCUGUUAUACCUUUACUUGAUCUAGCUCAACGUCAACAUCAAGGUUGGUUACCACUGUCAGCAAUGAAUAAAGUAGCUGAAGUUCUUAAAAUGCCUCGAAUGCGUGUAUAUGAAGUUGCUACUUUCUAUACAAUGUUUAAUCGCAAUCCAAUUGGAAAAUAUCACAUUCAAGUAUGUACAACAACUCCAUGUUGGCUAUGCAAUUCGGAUGGCAUUUUAAAAACAAUUGAAAAAAAAUUAGGUAUUCACGUUGGUCAAACAACACCGGACGGUCUAUUUACUUUAGUCGAAGCUGAAUGUCUUGGCGCUUGUGUUAAUGCACCGAUGUUAUCGAUCAAUGAUGAUUAUUUUGAAGAUUUAACAGAAAAGGAAAUUAGCGAUAUUUUAGAUGAAAUUAAAAAAGGUGGAAAACCAAAAGCUGGCCCAAGAUCAACCCGUUUUGCAGCUGAACCGACAGGUGGACUCACUUCAUUAACUGAACCUCCCAAAGGACCUGGAUUUAGAUUGCGUAAAGAACUUCAAUAA